AUGGAGAAAAGAAUAGUCCGUAAUCAAAGCGUUGAAUUGAAUGAUUAUAUCCAGCAGGAAAAUAACCAGUCACCAAUCCAACCAACCACAAAGCAAGCAACAACAGUAACAGCUAGAAAUCUAGUAACAAAUACACUACCUACGCUAAGCAUGCCGCUUCGAAGUGAUUCAGAACCACACUCAGUAUCACAACAGGGAAAACAACAAAAGCAGGUGUUGCUUAAAUGCGUCGUAACUCCUCCACAGAUUUCAACGUCUCAUAGAGAAAGUCCAGAAGUAUGUUAUCAACAAGCCCAUGCACAACAGUCGCCAGCCAACCGCAAUCACAACACACAACCACGAGAACAAAAGCAUCAAAUCGAAGAGCAUGAUUUAUCAUCACGUCCAGCACUGCCACAACGUUUAACGAUAGUACCAGAGUCAUCACAUGUCAAUCAUCCAUUGUUACCAACUUCUACAAAUUCAGAAUCAUCGUCGCAAACGCCACAGACACCACCAAGAAAUAGUCGCCAGUCUGGUCCACCAUCAUCUUCGUCAUCAACUACAUCGCCACAGAGGAAACCUACUACAGUACAGCCAGUAUCGAACAAUUGUCAUGUACAACUUACAAAUCCAUUAGAUCCAUUAGAUAUCAAUGUUUCAGAUAGUAAACUUAAUGCGGAACUACCAAGCCAAGAAACUCAAGCAAAAGAUAAAGUCAGGCGCGACAGUCAACAAGAACCAUGGUCACCACAAGAGGAAUUAAAAGUCGUUCAACCAAGCACAAAAGAAAACAAACCAGAAACUCUAAGGAAUAUUAGUAACACAAGUAAUAGCAUGUAUCACAUGGAAAAUAAUAGGAAAACAGCCCACGUCAGCGAUAUCAAAUUGUACUACGCAGACUCUAAUCGUAAAGAGUACGGAGGUGGAUUUAGUUCACAAGAGAUACCCGAAGAACCAAAGACACCGAGUGCAAGUUAA